AUGAUAAAGCCAGAUGAUGUGCCACCGCAGCUGCAGACGCAGGCCUCCUUUGCGCUUGGACUGGACCUCGCACUGGACAACCCGGAGCUCAAUCCGAGCUUGAGCAGAAUAGAAUCCGAGGGCCCAAGUGGUAUACAGGGCAGCAUCUCACAGGCGGCGAGUUACCCAAAGGAAUGGUCCUGGCGCCGAGUGUUCAUAGCCACCUUGUUGACUAGCAUGUAUUUCGACAUGGUGAUCGGGAUCUUGGUGAUGGUCAACAUUGGCCUUAUCGUGCACCAAACGAACCAAUCAGGCUUGGGCAUGCCAUCUGAUUCCUCGAUCGAUUUGGCCAAUGUUGUGUUUCUGAUCCUCUACACGGUGGAAGCCUUGCUUCGGCUCUAUGCAUUCCGGUGUGAUUUUUUCCGGUCCUACUGGAACUUGCUGGACGCCUUCAUCCUGGCUUCCGACUGGAGCCUGCAGAUCAUCAAUUGGACAGUGACUGGAGAUGCCAUUCCCGACUCGGAUUUCUUCAAGGCCUUACGAGUCAUUCGGGCGCUUCGAGUUUUGCGAAGUAUCCGCACCCUUCACCUGUUUCGCGAGCUCUACAUCAUGCUCUAUGGCUUCCUAAAUGCCUUGAAGGCCAUUGGCUGGGCCGCGGUACUGCUGCUCGUUAUGCUGCUCAUAUUGGGUAUCGUGGCGGUUGAGAUGGUGCAUCCUUUGGCCCAGGCGCUGCACAAGGAAGGGGUCUACGGAGACUGUGAGCGGUGCCCUCGCGCGUUCGAAACUGUCUGGAUGUCAGCCCUUACGUUCUGGCAGCAGAUUGUUGCUGGGGAUUCGUGGGGAAGGGUAACUAUUCCAAUCAUGGAGCGGUACCCACUAACGACCCCCUACUUCGCCAUGGUCUUCAUAACAAUUGACUUGGGCCUUCUCAACCUGAUCUUGUCCGUCAUCGUUGAUAAAGCCCAUCAAGCUCAGCAGGAAGACAUCAAGUUCCAGCUCACGCAGCGGCAGGCAGCCUUCGAGAUGGCGAAGCGGAGUCUUCUGCAUUUGUGCCAGCUCUUGGAUGACGACAACAGCGGGUCCUUGUCUUUCGAGGAGCUGCUGGAGGGCUACGACAAGUUGCCUGAGUUCCAGGAGCAGAUGCGUCUGAUGGAUGUGGAGAGAGAGGACAUGCAGUCUCUAUUCCGGGUCCUGGAUGAGGAUGGUUCUGGUGAUAUUCAAUAUGAAGAGUUUGUUGAGCAGGUGGUGAAGAUGAGAUCACAGGACACUACUCUAAGCCUGCUCUUCCUUCGCAGCCAGAUGAAGGACAUGAAGCACUAUGUGCAAUCACUGGAUGAAAAGAUUGACAAGGUUCGACAUGACAUCAGAAAGUCCACGAUGGGAGGGUCAAUGAAGAUUACGGACAGCCAGUCCAGCGCCGUUUCGUCAUAUUCGAGAUCUGUGGCCACGCAAACCGACGGUGAGCCGGACCGGCCGGACCUGAGCCUGACCCCUGGCAAACCGCUUGAGGCAGCUGGUCACCCAGCUGGUCUCCCUUUCUCGGGAGAUACUGCUGCCCUGCAAGCGCACAUCAGGAGUUUGCGGGAGACAGCAUUGUACCUGGAGCGUGUGGCUCAAGGGCAGAAUGGGCACCUUGAGACUUUCGUUCCCGAUGCUCCGCGGCCAAUGGCGCGCGGCCCACCACAGAACACGGAUGGCAGCCAGCCGUUUUCUCUGGCAGAACGCUGCUGUUCACCUCCUCCACGGCAGAGACCUGAAAGAUUUGUCGAACCGAAGCCAAAGCACAGCAGGGUGUGA